GGAAAAAAAAAAAGAGAGAAAGUUUCCAAGAUGGCGGAGUAGCCCUGCCUGUCCACUGGAAAACAAUAGAAACAGCACAGAAGGGACAGAGUUAGCCUGUUCUUACUGGACGAAUCCGCUCUCAAACCGUUCACAUCCCGACUCGGGCUCGGCCAGGUGGGGAGGAAUAUCCGCGCCGGGAACCUCGGGAGAAAUAAAUCUGAAGCAUGAUGCUUUAUUUAAACGCUUCAGGCUAGCCACCUAGCCUGCUAGUCGAGCUAACGUUAGCCCGUCUACCAGAAAACAUAGUGUUAGCAGCUAGCGGCUAACGCUACAAGGAGGCGGAGGAUCAGCUGUUUGCUAGACAGAUGCUGUAGGAAGGAGCGGACAGCAACGCUUUCACAUGAGUGCCGCUGUGACUGAAGGCCAUUAGCAAGACAAAGGUCGCCUCCAUGGAGCCAGCACAGGAGUCUUUGUAAAGGGCGAGGGGGGGUGUAUAUAGACGCCCAGAGUGAAAAAAGAGCCAAAUUCAGCAUUUUAUGGACGAAACCUGAGCCGGGAGCUUUACUAUUAUUGAUGAUGGCGGAUUUUGUUACACCGCGACACAGCGCGGUGAUGGAGAGGCUCCGCCGGAGGAUCGAGCUCUUCCGGCAGCAUCACAACAGCUGCGAGAACCGCUACGAGAACGCGACGCUGGAGCGGCUGGAGCAUGAGAGGCAGCAGACCUUCGCCCUGCACCAGCGCUGCCUGCAGGCCAAAGCCAAGCGGUCCAACAAGCACCGGCAGCCCCAGCCCAGCGGCGACCAGGCCGGACAGAGAGCGCCCGGGAACGGCGGCGGCGGCAGCGCGGAGCUCGGGGAGAGCGGAGGGACGGCGGCGGAGCAGAGCCGGAACAGCACCCUGAUAGCGCUGCAGGAGACAGUGAAGAGGAAGUUGGAGAGUGCCAGUUCUCCGCUGGGCAGAGAUCAGGUCAACGGUUUCAGCGACGGCUUCCCUCCCAACAAGAAGGCCUGUCUGGACAAUGGCACCACCAACGGCUCCCCACUGGACUCCAAGCUGGGGAUCAGCGACGCUCUGAACUCUAACGGGACCCACGCGCAGGCUGGGGAGUCAACGGACGGCGGCAGGGAGGCGGGUUCGGACUUCCAGCGGAAAGAGAUGAAGCAGGAGCCCGAUGACAUCCUGCCCAUCAUGCCGCCGUCGGGAGGAGGCAACAACAGCCUGUUCCCCGACCUCAACCUGAACGAGCAGGAGUGGACGGAGCUGAUGGAGGAGCUGAACUGCUCUGUGGCCUACGAGGACAUCCAGGACAUUCUCAAUGACGGGUUUGAGGACCGUAAAGACCCUCUGGAGCUGGUGCCGACUCCAGGUGGUGCUGGGGCAGGAGCAGGAGGAGCAGCAGGUGGUGGGGGAGGCCAGUCCUCACAGGGUCUGCUUCCUCCAGAUCUGGCCAGCGUUAAGACGGAGUUCUCCCCGGCCUCGGUGGCUUUCGAGCAGGACUCUCGCACUGGCUCCCCCCAGGUCAGGUCCACCUCCUCUGGGCCGCCUCCUCACCCAACCAGCUCGCCAGUCGCCUCCUCCUCCGCCUCUUCCCCAGCUCUGCCCCCAUCCCAGCCAGCUCCUCCACCUAGGCAGCUUCAGCCUCCCCCCAACCACCUUCUCCCUCCAGGACCCCCAGUGCCCAAGGACCUGUCCCCUGCCCAGCAGCUCCAGCAGCUGGCUGCCCAGCAGCAGAGAGCCCAGCACCUCCACGGUCAGAUGCAGCACAAACAGCCGCAGCCGGGGACCAAGUUCCACAACCAGGGGCCCCAUGCCCACCCCCCACCUUGGCCCCAGAUGGCCAACACCUCUCAGAGUCCACUAGGGGGCGCGUUUGGUAUGGACAAGCCCACGAGCCCCUCCCUGUACCCACAGGACUUCAACCCCAACGCUCAGAAGCAGCUGCUGAUGCCCGGUCAGCCCAACAAAAGCUCUCCCAAGGCAGGGGCCGGCAGCUACAUGCCGGGGCCCACUGGCCACCCCAACAUGAUGGGUCACCCGACGUCAGGGCCACCCCUCAGCCACCAACCGGCGCCAGGGGCUCAGGCCUCAGGCGCCAUGCCGAACUACAACAACACCAAACCUCUGACGCACUUUGAGGCGCCGCGGCCCCCCAACACCCAGAGCCAGAACAAGGCGGCCCUGCUGACGCUGCUCAGACAGCAGCAGAUCAAACAGAAGAACAGCAUGAACUUCCGCCAGCACAUACCGCACUCACAGGACCAGAACUCCUACCCUGCUCCCCCACACGGCCCGGGCCCCGCCAACACCAUGGCGUCUGCGCCCGGAAACAACGCCAUGGCAGCCCAGCCGGGGGCGAACGCCAUGGCGGGUAACCACAGUAACGCAGCGUACUUGAGCAACCAGGCGGCGGUGGCGGCGGCACUGAAGCAGCAGCAACAGCAGCAGCAUCAGCAGCAGAUCCUGGAGCAGCAGAAGCAGCAGUACAUGCAGAGACAGCAGCUCAUGGCCGAACAGGAGAAGCAGCGGCAGCAGGACCAGCAGCUGCAGAGACACCUGACCCGACCUCCCCCACAGUACCAGGACCAGCCGGGACAACCGGCCAAUCAUAACCCUUUCCCACAGCAGCCAGUCAACCAGUUUACAGCUUCCUCUCAGCCAAUGGGCAGCGUUGGCUCCAUGGGAGGCCCCUCCCCCAGCUCCCAGCGCAUGUUCUCUCAGAACCAAGGCAUGAUGGGUAUGAGCAUGGGGCCUGGCGGCGGGCCCACAGGUGGUGUAGCUCCGCCCUCAGCGGGGAAUCAAAGUGACAUCAACCUGUCGGCCUGCGGGGGCGGAGGAGGCGGGGCCGGUGUGGACGUGCAGCAGGUGCUCUACAACAACAUGAACCUUCACACUAAUCACCCGGCCCACCCGUCUCACCCUCAGCAGCAGCCUGGCCUGCAGCGCCAGCCUCUGGGCCCCAUGAGCGCGUCCUACCGGCAGAGCCUUCUGGCUCAGCAGCAGCAGCAUCUGAAGGCGCAGCCCAAUGCCGCCAUGUUGAAGCAGCAGCAGCUGGCUGCUGCCGCUGCCCGCAUGCCGAGCUCCAUGCAGAACAGUAUGGGAGCAAGCCUGCCUGGCUCCAUGCCCGGCAGCAUGCAGGGCACCCAGAGUGCCGCCUGGCAGCAGCAGCUGGCCAACCAGCCGCCCUCCAGUAACGCCGGCCUGCCCCCCAACGCCUUCAACAACCCCCCUAACGCCUUCCACAUGCAGCAGCAGUCUCGCAUUCCCAAGAUGCCGCCUGGCGCUGCACCCUUUGGUGCAAACCCCGGCGGACGUCCUAUGGGAGGUCUGAACCCCGGCCAGCAGAUGAUGCAAACAAACAUGGCAGCUGCCCAACAGAGGGCGCCGCCCAACCCUCAAAGCCUCGGCCAGCCGAUGGCCAAUCAGCAGCAGACUCAACAGCAACAGGCCAAUCAGAACCAGGCUGUCCUCCCUGACCUGGCGGCGUUCGGACAGCCGCAGGGCAACAGCCGCCAGGGACUGCAGUGUAACCAAGGUUACCAGGUGAGCAGGACUGCCAAUCAGCAGCAGCAGCAGGUGUCGUUCGGAUACAACGUGGCGUCGGGGAGCUUCGCCGGGGAGAGUGAGCUGGUGGACUCCCUGCUGAAGGGUCAGAGCACCCAGGAGUGGAUGGCCGACCUGGACGAACUUCUUGCCAGCCACCAUUAGUUGAAUACACCUGUCUGCACCUGGAGCACCUGAACCCUGCUGAGCUGAGCGGCUGCACUGCUGUACCUGGAAGACGAGCGGCUGACGACUUUCUGCAGCAGCCAUGUUGAAAAAGAGUUCUUGUUUCUGACCAGCACUGUUGUAACGUGUUGACAGAGAUGCAGUCAGGGGGCCGGUGUGUUAGCAUUAGCCACUCUGCUAACGUUGAGACCAGCCAGCUGAUGGUGAAUGUCAGUCCCUCUGUGUUUGAGCUGUAACAUCUGGCUGACUGGUAAAGUUAUGAAGGUCGUUGGUAAACGUUUCUUCAGAUGCUGAUCUGUGGACAAGCUGUUCGCUGUCCUGAUAACGAUGAGACUGUGUCACAUUUUAUCAGGGUAGAAUAAAUCACUGAAAUAUGAGCCAGCUGCCAAAUCCAUUGCAACGCAAUGAAGAAACAUGAGGAUGUUUGGUGUUCCUGCUGGUUAGAGUUCAGUUCCCACAGCAGGCAGAGUGUAGAGUCCUGGUAGUGAAUCUUGAUCAAAGACCUUUUGGUUCAGCAGACAGUCAGCUGAGCGCCGGAGGUUUGAAAUCCAACAGCUGGUAGCAGAUAAAACCAGCUCAGUCACAGCUGGAGUCCUGAUGUGUGUCAUCCUCUUGACUGAGAGGAAUGACACCAGGCUUCAUUCAAAAAUCUGGCAAUUUAAUGAUGAGUUGCUGUUUGCAGAGUUACACACCUGGUAGAACAGUAACUUAAAAGCCUUCUCUGAUUCACCAGAGUCUGCUGGUAAAUUCGGGAUACAGGAGAUCCACUGAACACUGUUCAUCUAUACAAAACAGUUUUCAAAAGUGUGUUUGCUGCCAUCCAUCAAAGUGUAGAAGAAAACAGGCAAAACAGUUACGUGUUGAGCUGCAAGCAGUUUAGUUUAGCUCCUUUUUAUGCUCUUUAACUUCACUAUGUUUUAUACUCAAUUAAUCAGUCAUUGAGUUUUGAUUACGAUAUCCAUAAAGAUAGUCACCCUGGUAUAAACGGUUUAAUAACAUCUAUGUCAGUGGACCAGUAUCUGUUGAUUCAUGGUCUAAAUUGUUGUAUCAUCCAACGUCAGUCGAAUUGCAGUUUCAGAGUGCAGUCACCAGCAACAAAAAAGCAUUUCCAAGGUUUUAUUAUUUUAUUUUCUAUAUUAACAGAAAACUUUUAUUUUAUGGGCUGAUAUCAACCAGUUCUGUUUCUACCUCGUGUGUAAAUCUGUAAACGAGCCACAGACUGAUGUCCAGUCUGCAGAUAAGGAGUGUGUGUAAAUAUAAUCCUGUUGCACACCGCAGUGUUUAUUGAUGACUGGAGACUGAACGGAGGAGGAGUCGUAUUAAGACUACUGAAGCUAUGGCUCAGUGCUAAACCACUGUACCUGCCCCACAGCGCCACCUACAGACCAGCAGCAUCACUCGGUCGCAGUUUCAAAAGCCUUGACGACGGGUCGACUCUCUUACAGUUUUCGUCGCUCAGCGGAGAUGAAGUGAAAUCACUCUUAAAGUGGAAAUGGACAAGUUUUUUGCUUUAACUCAUGAUGAAGUAAAUGCUGAUGGCAAAAUUAAUAACGACACCGUCUGCGUUUAGAGCGGUUCACUUUAAGCCUCACUUCACUAUGCAAUUCUGUCUGUACUUGGAUACAAUCUGCGGGAAAAUGAAGGCUCAAUUUACGACACAAAGGAAGUGCGUCAGCUUUGUUUUCCCUGAAGCUAACGGUAGCUACCCCCAGUUACCAAAGAGUAUCAGUGUGAGAUCUCUGCAGUCACUGUCCCCAGUAGAGGAAGUGGAUGUAGAAACACAGUGGAAAACAAAACGCAGCGUGUCCUCUGCUGUUGGUAGUUUCUGGGCUCUGAGGUGAUCCGGUUGUCUUUGUAAAAGUGGCGCCAACAAUAAUACCACUUGGAAACGUCAGGGGGUGAAAGUUUAAAAGUUGUCUGUUUCCACUUUAAAAAAAAAAAACGCAGCUGAUUGUUUCACAGAAAAUUAACACGUAAGCAUUAUGUGAUUAAGUCAUUAUAAAGGGCCAUACCGCUGUUUUUGCAUGUUUGACACCAGUUUGCUGCCGAUCACAAAUACUUCUUAUUACUGUGACCGUUUACCAAAACAUCCUGUCGUGUUUUUAAAGAGGUAUUUUCCAGCCUCGACCCUGUUUUCUAUAACUUUAUAUCAAAGCAACUAAUGGGAAAAACAGUUUUUAAAUUGGUCCAGUACUGAGAGAGAGCGCUGCAGCUUGAAGCCACAAAACAGGAUGUAGUGUACCCACUCGGAGAGAAAACGCACUGUCAGUGUCAAGUGCUCGUUUGUCCUUCGACAGGCUCAGUGUCUGACAAUGAAAACAUUUUCUUAACCUUAUGUUGUUUUGAAGUCUCAGACUUUUUCACAUUUCCGAAAUCCGCUAAAUAAGCAGCCAUGACAUCGAAAUUGUUUAGAUAACUCUCACUGGGAAUCCCACUGGAAGCGAGACGUGAGUGGUGCAUAAAAGUCCUGUCAUCCAAUCCACUCUUGACGACGUCUUUGUAAACGUCUCAGCUGUCUGUCAGCAGCAGCUCCUUGAAAGUUGAGUGGAAAUAUAACUUGCCUUCACCAGGCUGACAGACAGCAGGAAUUUACUGAACCAAAAUGGUCCUCAUGUCAGCUUCACGGAAAGAAAUCAAGUUUGCAUGUGCCCACCGUAGCCGGUGAGGGGAAAUCACAGCUCACAGGCAGAUCGGGAGCUGAUAAAUCGAUGUAGAUUUGGUUUGUAAGCAGGGUUGGAAAUUAACUUUUUGUUCACCUGCCACUGUGACUGGUGCACUGCUCUCCGUCUUCCUGUAACACAUCAUGUCUCGCUGGAUUUCAGAAUGAGACUUCUCCUUGAGCAAGACUUUAUAGGUCACAAGAACAAACGGACCGGAUUAAGAUGAAGAUAAACAUUUGAUUUCUCUGUCGGGAUUCUGUCUGUAAUGUUGUCAACAAUCUGAGCCUGUCAGUGGCAAAAAUCAGCACUAUUAGUAGAUGUAAAUCGACGGUGUGAACGUGCGUCUGGUGCUCACACUGCAGCCUGUUUCAUAGCUGCCGAUUGAGCUGCUCUCUCAUUACUGGACCAAUUUAAAAUAAAUAAUCAUCUCCAUAAGUCACUUAGACACAACAAUAUCAGAAAGGUUGAAAAAUAAUCUGUCUAUUUCUAUUUCACUUCAGUAUAAAAAUUAAUCCAUCACAUCAUGUCUGCCCUUUAGUUCUAUAUUACUGUGGUAUCAUUUUACCACAACAUGUUACUGUGAUGAAUUAAAAGCAGACGUGAUGGCUGAGCCAAAAUUCAAACAAGUUAAUUUUCAUACCGUAGGGAAAUAUCUGGAAACACACGCCGCUAUUUAAAUACCAACAACAACACAGCGUGUAUUGUUUGACCUGCUGUCGUGUAAAGGGAUAUUUGUUUUAAAGUAUUCAUACUGACUGACUGUCUGACUGACUGACUGACUGUCAGACUGACUGACUGAGUGGAAUGACUGAAUGUCUUUGUCAAGUGUUUUUUUUUUUUGCACCAAAAUAUCUGCAGUGUGUCAUUCACGCUUACAUUUGCAGAAAAUCUUUUUUAAAAAAAACUCCAAGAAGAUUCCAGUUUAUCUAGAUUCACCAGACUGACGUUCCUCCAGUUUUCUGAUCACUUUAAGACGACAGAUCAAUUAACCAGAGGAUGUCUGUGACUCAGCUGAUCCUCAGUGAACGUAGCUCCAGUAAAACAUGCAAAAGCAGCCGUAUGUUCCUUUUUACAAUCUGAGCUUUUAGAGCUCGUGUGAAGAAAAGAAUUGUGACAUGAAACGUGCACACUGACCAGCAGAGACACAAAAGACACUGUAGAUCCCACUCCGAUGUUUUCUGUUUGUUUAAGAUGUAAACGUCGUCAGCAUUAAACCGAGUCAGAGCUCCACUUCCUCCCGCUGCACUGAGUCCACAGACCAGAGUCCACCUGUGUGUCCAGGUGUCCAUGCUUAGACUCUGAGUCUGCGGGACGACUCCAGUUAAACCACAUUUCAAAUCAGUUCAUCGAACACACGUUGAAGUUUAGUUGUGUGAAACUUUCUGGCUUUAAACUUAAGUUUUCUGACCUGUAAACUUAAACUGAGCUGAUUGGGACGUUUUCCUCCUCACACAAAGACUGACUUUACUUUAUGUUUGUUAAUCUGAAGAUUAUUUUCUUGAUUAAUCGUUUGGUCUAUAACACAUGAGAAAACAGAGAGAAUAUCCUGUCACAGUCUCCUGGAGCCCAAAGAGACUUCAUCAAACGUCUUGUUUUCUCCAAACAACAUCUCCAAAUCUAAAAAUAUUCACGUUAUUAAAAUGUGAGAUCGAGGAAAGCAGUGAAUCGUCACAUUUUAGAACCUGGAAAUGUCACGUUUUUGCUUUAAAAAAACUGAAACAAUUCGUCAUCAAAAUAGUCGCAGAUUAAUUCUCACUCGAUUUAACUGACUAAUGGUCGCAGCUCCAGUCGGCACAGAAACAUGAAGCAUUAACCUUGUCUGGUCACGUUUGAAGUUCUCAGUCAUUUGCUCAAUAUUUCAGUGUUUUGGUAAAACUUUUUAGGACUCGACUUCCUGUAGAUUUCAUGUAAAUGCAGGAAGACACUGUUCAGUCUGUGCUACAGUACUGUAAUACAUCUGUUAGAGCUGCGUUUCAAGUCGAAUUGGAAAAUGAAAUUAACACCUGGUUACUCAGAAAUUACUUAUAACAGGGUUCCCAUCGUCAUGAAAAUCCCAAAACAUGUCUCGUGUCACCAGCAAUGACGUCCUAAUAAGACUCAUUUAAAUCUCGUGUUCGCUGUGCUGCAUGAUCGUUGAAAUGUCAUUAUUAUCGUGUGAUACUCAUGAACCAGACCGGCAUUAUCGCUUAGGCCACGCCCCAUUUUGGGCCACUGAUCCACUUGGACGAGGGAGAUUGACGGGACAUGACUGUGAUCAACCUUAAAUUAUUAAGUUGUUGUUUUGAACGCUCAAGUUCAGACAAGGUCACAAAACAAUUAUUAGGCAUAUCAACAAAACAAAGAAAUUAAGAAACUAUGAAAUUAUGAUCCAAACAAGUCAAAUUGCAUUGAAAUCUACAGGAAGUUAGAUUUUCUGGCCUCUCCAAAGGGGCGUGGCCUCGAUGUUGUGUGACGUAAGUGCAUGUGCCGGUCUGGUCUUUUGGUGUACGCAGGUAUUUGGCGGUGGUAGUAAAGUUAGCAAGCGCUAGCAGUUUUCUAAUCCACAAAUGCCUGGGAAAUACAUAUAUGACUGUAUCACUAUACAGGUCCAUGUUUAACUACCUAAAUACAAAAAUGGAAAUGGGGUAAAAUAUUUGGGCAUUAUUAUCAUUAUUAUUAUUAUUAUUAUUAUUAUCAUUAUGAAAAUUUAUGUCAAAAAAUCUGCAGGAACCCUGUUGUGAAUGGGGACUAUUUUGCCCUGAACGUAGCCUCCCAGGCUGUGCACCUCCUCUCAUCUAAUGCUGCAUUCUUAGAUGGUUAAAUUCAACUUUAUUUAGCAACUUUCUUACAAACAUGCAGCCCAAAGUGCUUCAUACAGCAAAACUGAAAUAACAUGCAAAAAAUAAAGAUAAAUAAUUUUUAAAAAUUACAAGACUAAAAAAGUACAACAAUAAAAUGUUAAAAAUCAAUAAAUAAAAGUCAGUAAAAUAAAAUAAACACUAGGGAUAAAAAUCGGGUGAAAAACAAUGAUUAAGGCUUUAACAUGACUCCAGUUAAAAGCAGAUAAAAAAAAAAUAGAUUUGGGGGUUUGAGCAGGUGGAGAAGGUAAAGGGAUGGUCUGCCUGGGAGUCUGAAUUCAGGCAAAAAUGUCCCAUGAGCCCAAAGAGGCAAACAUUAAGUUAGAUAUCCUUUGAGCAUUAAUGUUAACGAACUGACAGCAGAUACCCAGUUGUUGUGAUGUAAACAAAAAAACUCAAAUUAAAUGUCUUACAAAAUAUAAAAAGUAUUUCCAGAGUCGAUCAGUAAAGAAAAUUUUCCUGCUUGAAAUUUGGACAUUUUUUAGCGUUAAAGUUUUGAACGCAGCUUUUAGCUCCUGAAAAGUUUCCCAAAUUCAAAAUGUGGCCUUUUUGUUUCCUGUUGUGACGGCGGAUAAAAAGCUCAAACAUCAAAGUGUUAAAACUACAUCCUGUCAGAUCGGACGGCAGAAGACGAAUUUAACGUUGAACGUGAUGUUUAGAGUUGUGUCCUCAUGGUUCUCAUUAUAUAAAUAUAGUCGGACCUUCGCUUCACGUCCGUGUUCAUCGUCCGAUUCUUCCUCUGCCGUCUGAUCUUUUCUCACCGCUAACCGUCAGUCUGUGUCUCCGGCCUUUUUAAGGCGGAUCUGUGACCAGGUCGUCCUAUUGUUAUGUUGUUGUUAAGGUGGAACUGUGACCCGGCCCUUCUAUCUACUGUACUGUUUUUGACUUCUUCAAAGAAACGUUUGUUGUGUAUUUUAUUUGUAAUGUUAUUAUUGCUAAACAAUAGCUUGGGGCUGGUUUCACGUGUUCAUCCAAAUCGCUGCCGACCGAUCUCCUGCCGAAUCUUCAGCUUCCAGCGUCGCUCGGCCUCCCGGGGUUUCUGGGUUUAACUGUGUAAAUGUCUAUAAAUAUAUUUUUUUGUAUGUAUGCCUUUCCUAAUGAUCUGGAGAAGAUAGAUGUUAUUUUUAUAUAUUGCAGCGGAUUUUUUGUAAGUAUUUUAUACUUUUGAUAUGGUUCUCUGUAAAACAAGAGUAUUAUGUAAAUAUAGUUCUUUAGAAACA